AUGGCUAACGUAUUCUUUAAAAAGCAGAAGAGGCAAAGCCUAUAAGAAUAACUAUAGAUUAUUCUAUGUUAGAUUAAAUAAAAUUGGGUAUAACCCGAUAAUAAAAAGAAUACUUAAAAGAAAUUAUGGAAGCAUCUAAGCUUUUUUUCACAAGACUUUUAAAAGUAUAUCCAAUUAAAAAAAAAUAACAUUUUUCCUAAAAAUUUUUUAAAAAAAUGUUAUGAAGUUGAUAUUCCUGAUAAAGAUUAAAAAGAUGGUAUUGCUAAUUCUGAUUUACACUUAUACAUAGUUUAUUAUAAAGAAAAAAAUGGAGAACUUGCAGAUGCUGUUUUUUGUGCAGUUGCUGAUCAAGGAAUAACUAGACCUACAUUUGGACGUGUUAAUUUUAACAUAUAAAAAAUGGAUAUCAUUGAGGGAGAUAUGAAAACUUUUCAAAAUGAUUUGGAAACUACUAUUCAUGAAAUUAUGCAUAUAAUUGGCUUUUCAACACAUAUAAUGUAAUAUUGGAUAGAUCCUGAAACUAAUAAACCAUAUAAAGAAAGCUUUUAAUAAAAAUUAUUAAAAGAAAAAACUUACUAAGGAAAACAAUCUUUUAUUUUAACUUCCAAAAAUGUAAUUGAAGUUACUAGAAAAUAUUAUAAUUGUCCAAAAGCUGAAGGAAUGUAUCUAGAAAAUUAAGGUGUUAUAGGAAAAAUAGGUUCGCAUUGGAAAAGAACUCUUAUUUAUAAUGAAUUAAUGACUGAAUCUUCAAUAUUAGUUAAAUCUUCUAUUUCUAUAUUUACAAUUGCUCUUUUAAAAGACACAGGUUUUUAUGCUGAAGUAAAUGGAAAUAUGGCUGGUUAGAUAUUUUGGGGAAAAGGAAAAGGUUGUGAAUUCUUAGAAAACGUUUGUUAAAGUAAAACUGAAUACCCUGAAUUUCCUUAAAAAGUGGAUGAUUUUUAAUGUUCAUUUGAAUACGAAGGAUUCGCUUAUUCCGAAACUAACAAAUACGCAGACAAUUGUAGAAUGGAAUAACCUGAAAUAGAAGAUCUAUGUACAAAUCCUAAUGCUAUAGAUGAUGAAGAAGAUUUAGAAAUGGAAGAGGAUAAAUUAUCUGAUUAUUCAACUCAAAGUAAAUGCUUCUAAUCUACAGCUGUUUAAGCCUCAUCUAAGUAUGAAUAUGAUAUUUCUGUAAGAUGUCAUAAAUUUAAAUGUUCCUCUGAUGCAUCUGAAAUAUCUGUUAUUUUCCCCGAUAUUUAAUUAUAAGUAUUAUGUGGAAUAGGAGAAUAAGGUAAAUAAAAGGAUAUUGAUAAAAGUGGUAAAAAAGCCAAAGGUUAAAUCACAUGUCCUUAAGAUUAUAAUAGAUUCUGUAAUAAUUCCCGUAUAUGUCCGAAUUUCUGUUCCUAAAAAGGAGUCUGUGUAAACGGAUAAUGUAUAUGCUAAUCUGGAUAUGGAGGGGAAAAUUGUAUUACAAAAUGCUCCGGAGUAGUCAAUGAUGGAAAGUGUAUAUAAUAAGGCUUUUGUCCUUCAGGUAAAUUCAAGAACCCAGAUAAUACUUGCAAAUCAGAUUGUCCUUAAGGCCUAUAUGGAAAGAAUGGUAAUUGCGAACCAUGCCAUAGCAGUUGCUCUAGAUGUACAGGACCAUUACCUAAUCAGUGUAGUAAGUGUUAAUUUUUGACAUUAUUGCAAGAUAAUUAAUGUGUAGAUAAAUGUAAUGAGAAACAAGGAUAUAAACUUAAUUAAGCUUAGGGUAUAUGCGAGUCUUAGAUAUCCACAAUAUGUUAAGGAAAUUGCAAAACUUGUGAAAAAAAAAUUCUCCUUUAUGUAUCACUUGCAAAUAAGGAUAUUUAAAAUAAGCUGAUAAUUCGUGCUAAAAUACAUGUGCUAUGGGAUCUAAGUUAACUUAAGAUUCUUAAUAAUGUGUAAAACCUUUAGUUGGAUGUCUUUAAUAAAAAGAUUCUAAUACUUGUAUUACAUGUGAUACUGUUAAAGGAUAUAGAUUAGGUUCAGAUAAAUAAUUUACAAUUUGCAAGGAAAAUUGUUCAUAAUGUAAUCCUAAGAAUCCAUCUGAGUGUCUUGUUUGCGAAGGACUUAAAUUUAAAACUCAUAAUAGUAGUUGUGUAAAUUAAUGCCCUGGUGAUAGUUUUUAUUCUGAGAGUAUUGGAAAAUGCUAAUAAUGUCCUAAAAAUUGUUAAAAUUGUAAUGAUAAUGGUUGCAAAAAAUGUUAAAAUGGUUUCUAUAUAGAUUCAAAAACUAAAGCUUGUACUUAAUGUCUUUCUAAAUAAAUUAAUUGUCAAAAUUGUGAUGAUCCCAUCUGUUUAUAAUGUAAUGAUAUUUAAAAAAAAAAAUGCAAAUUUCUGCUUAAGAUGGAAAUUUAGGAAGUGGAAAUACUGUAAUUAAUGGAAUUAAUAUAAUAAAAUGCCCGACAGGGUGUAAAUAAUGUAAUUAAUCUAAAGAAUGCUUAUAAUGUAAUUAAGGUUUUAUUAUGGAAAAUAAAACAAAAAAAUGUAUUACAUGUAUUUAAAAAUACGGUAAAUGUAUAGCAUGUACGGAAACAAAAUGCACUACUUGUUUUUCUGAACAUAAAUAUAAUGAAAAAUCAUAAUAAUGUAUUAAAAUCGAUUCCACUAGAAAAUUAUUUUAAAUUUAAGGCGAUGUUUAAUAAUAAAAUAAUUAUUAAGGCGUCUUUGUAUUUUUUAUUAGUUAUUUUAUGUUUGGAUUUUUAUUGUGAUGAUUUUGAAAUAAAGUAAAUGUAACUUUAUUUUAUAAUUAAUUAUUUU